AUGUUAAAUAAUCAACUAACAAUCAAUAUCUUGAGAGAAUUAAACUCUAGGCUUGCAUUUAAAAUUACUGAACUUAGAAAAGAGAAUGUUGAGAUUCCUGAACUUAGAAAAAAUUUUUCCAAAAGUUGGAAAUUAGAACAGAAGCAAUCGAAAACCAAUGAAAAGAACAACUUUAUUGUUAAAUCAGAUGAUGAUGUCAAGAAAAUCAAUCAAUCUUUAGUCUGUAAAGCAGGAUACUCUGUAUCUAAUACCACUUCUACCAAAAUAAAAAAUUCUAAUGAUACUAAUAUAUCUGACACUACUUCAAAUUCUGAUGUUGUUUCUGAACAAAUAGAAAAUAUUUCCAAUAACAUAACCGAUUCAGAUUCAUAUCAGGAAAAGGAUAGCUAA